AACACGAGCUCCGGGACCGCCUGUUUUAAGGUCCUUUGGCCGAUUUACCACAAAAAUGGAUAUGAAAAGCGAAAUACUGAAGCGGCUGUCCGAUCCGGAGCGCGGAUUCGCCGAAAAUCUGACCUACGGUGUGAAGUUGUGGAAAUCCGCCAACUUCUACUACAUGUCCAAGUACGACGUUAUUUUCGAGUUUUUCCUCGAUGGAUUGGCUCCGUUUUAUCGGGAAGUAAGCGCACUAGACGAGCAACUGUUUAACGAGCGUUGGCAAAUCGUCAACAACUUCCUGGCUCUGGCCUGCCCUUCGAACGCGCUCCCGGCUUCGAUCGUGGAACGGGUGCACACUAUUUUGCGGUCACUUACAGAGCAGACACCGGACCGUCGAGAACAGCUGCUGGAGAGCACACUGACCGUGUCGUUCGAUGGAAAGUUUAAGAACUUUUACAAAUUCGAUUUCGUCUCGUACGGGAAGGCACUUCGCGUAGCCCUGAAGUAUUACAAAAAGUGCCUCAAGCAGCCUAGACCGAAGGAGGAGGAAGAGAAGCUGAUUGACCGUAUUUUUAGUGACCUGAAAAUCUACAUCAAGUCCGCCUCGGACGAUCCAAGCUGGGCCGAAGCGUUCGGCUUUAUCCUAACGCCCCUCUCGGAGGUGGUGCUGUUGCUGCAAAUGCGUGGCAUCGAUCGGCACGAGGAAUUGAUGGAGUGCUUCAAGCAGGUUUACUUUGGCGAGGACAAAGCAUCGAACUACCACCGAGUGGUCGAUCAGACGAAGAAACAUCUCUUCAUGGGCUGCUUCGAUAUGAACGAGUUGCCCCUGCACGUAAUCGCGCUGCUGAUCGAAGGAUAUCUACGAGCUUAUCGAGAGAUGAAGCUUGAGGUGCUGCUGUUUCUAAAGUACUUUCUCCUGCACGUCUUUGUCGAUGAGAGCCGUUCGAUUCUGAAGAACACGCAGCAGAUAUUCGCCGUAACCAAGUAUGUGUUUGCGUUGCUGCGCAAGUACUUCAUCAAGGUUGAUCAGCAGCUAGUGAUGGACUUUAAUUUCACGGAACUGUUCACACACAAGCUGAAGGAGUUUAUCGAUAUCUGUGCGGUGUCUGAUGGACUGCUCAAGGAUCUGUUCAGUUUGAUCUGCACAAUCAACGACUACAAUCCGCUCAUACUCGAACAGACGAUCGUCGGUAUCAUACUGAAGACAAUGUUUCUGCGGAAGGACCCAGAAACGUUGCAUCACUAUCAGUGCAUGUUGAUUUCCACGAUGAAGAUGUACAUGAAGCUGAACAAAAAUGAAAACUUCCGCGCAGAGUUGUUCAUGAGCCUGUCGGAUCAUCUGGAGGUGAACGAUCUGAACGCGAUCAUUCGUGAGCUAAGAGGGAAGGGUAACGGGAAGCGAAAGAGCAAGCUUGGAAUCAACGACGUUGAUACACCCACGAAGAAGAGAAAGCUGUUGAAUGGAUCAUCGGAAACCGUGUUCUCGGAGGAUGAUAAAAUGUUUCUCGAUCAUCUUCUCGCCUCCGGGAAGGGUUCAGGCGAAGAGAGCAAGCCUGUCGCCCGGGUUCAGUUGCAAAAUCUGUGUCCCACAUUGGCAUUUGCAUGGCCGGAUGUAGACGGUCGGUUGAGUGAAGCGAUGAUGGAAUAUAUCAAAACGUUGUUAACUGCACGCAGCUUUGAUUAUUGGGAUGCGAUGAUAGCAAUGCUGAAUGAAGCGCUUGAAACACCCUUGGACGAGCAUACGGAGAGCACCAUCUUUCAGUUCGAACUGACCAUGUGCUGGCUGUGUUACUAUUUUGCUGGCAAUACACUGAUCGAACAUUCGAAUCUGUUCUGGGACAAGCUGACGAAGCAUUUUGAGGAGUUCGAUGCAACACUGACGAGCGUUGCCCGCAUCUUGCUGCUUGGCGAGGAGAAAGGUGAUGCUAGGUUCUACGCUGCCUUCUUGAAGAUGGCCUAUUUCUAUGCCAACUAUCGCCUCAUGGUAAGCUACUAUCGACCGGAUUCGAUCGAGACGGAAGGCAACCAGCACGCUCAUUCCUACCUAACGGAUAUCGAGUGGCAAACGAUUGAAGAACGGCUUGCGACGAAAGAUAAACCACUUAUGAAUCGUAUUCUCCUUCAAAAACUUCGCGAAAGUGAGCUUACGGGUAACGGAGCGUUUGCUACGUCAUCCGACGAUCGUCAAGCGCUGAUCGAUCGAGUAGUAAACGAUCAACCAGGUGAACAUCUACGCUGGGUACUCCUCGAUCGUUCGACAAACGUUUGGUUUUUGACGCUUCUCUCGCGAGAGCAGCAGGCUAGCGUGGCCGAUCAUUUGCUGGACCGUGCAUACUGUCCGCUGGAGGGGAUAAAGCAAAUCCUGACAGGAAUUACCACAAACCACGAGCUGAUAGAGGUGCUUAUGCUGACUGCAUUCAAACGGAUAACGGAGCAUGUACUUGCCGGGAGUGAAAAAGCCAUUUCUCGUAAAAUACCGUUCGAUGAAUUGCUCGCCGGUACUGCAGAAGAUGUAGUGCCUCGUUUAAGAAAGUUGCUGGAGCGAUGCGCAAGUAAACGGUCCGAGGGAGUGGCGGUUGAACUAGCAGAUAUUGAUGAGUUGGACCACCUGUUGGCGGUGCUCGAUGAGAUAAGGAUAGAUGAAGUUGAAUCCGAACGAAAAGUGCUGCUCGUUGCCCUCCAUAUGCUGCUCUAUGCCGAUGUCAGUGCGUCAGGAAGCGAGCAACAGAUAGUCCGCUUCCGCAAUCAGCUUAUGAGACACAUCAACUUAGGAACGGUGACAAACAUAUCAAGGUUUGCUAAGAUUGAAACCUUGGUGAGCUUGUUCGGUCAAUCACCGCUAUUGGCGGUCAUCAUUCGUCAGCUGGCUAUGAAUCUUACGGAAGAGGCAUUCGAAGAGUUCAAAUCGCUUUUGGGGAGUUUUAAGCAAUGCAACACCGAACGAUUCGCGCUUUUGCUACUAAUGUUUAAUUUCCUUCAAAAGAACAAUUCCAACAAACUCAAAUUGGUCCCCGCCGAUCAGCUAGGUGCACUUUUGGAUGAUUUUGUUGGCGUAGUUGAUGAGUUUGUUCUACAGAAGCUACCGAAGCAACUCAGAAACACGGACGCCACGUGCUUCGAUCACUGUCUCGAGGGAUGCUCGCUGAGCAUUCGCUACAAGGUGACCCGCAAGAAGGACCUCGACGAAAAGCUUCGUGAGCAGUUUAUGAUUUACAUAGAGCAGGCCCGCAAAGUGUCGAGCUCAUCCUCCAGCAAUCUGCUAACGACUUGCUUGCAGUACAAAGCAUAUUUGAAACUCGAUGAUACCCGCCUCAACGCGAUACUCGAGAACCGGUGGCAAGCUUUCUUGAAGAUGACACAGGAAGACACCUCCCCCAGCAUGAGUUCGGGCCAUGUCAAAGUGUUCAACGAUGACGCCAAACCGUUGAUCAACAGCGAAGGUCGACAGCAGGAGCAAGCGAUUAAAACGUUUGUCGUGUCGUUCACCAACCAUCUAUCCGCGGGCGAGUACGCCAAAAAGCUGCAGCAGCUCGACUCGAUUGCGUGCGAUGUUAGCGGUACGGCCUCGUUACGGUCGGUGUUACGUGCUUACGCGAUGCUGGCAAAGCAAGGCUUUAACGAAUCCGUUGGAGACGAGACAAACCGUGCCUUCGUUCGCAGCUUCUCGGCAGUGGUCGCUCGCGAUGUGUUGGGGCUUUGUGUGCAGAAAGCGUUCCUGCAAGACCCGGCACUGUUGGAAGAGAUUCUGACCUGUUUUGCGUCCGUUAUUGGCACCAGCUCGUUGAUGCUGUUACCGCCAGUAAUGGACAAUGUGCUACAGUUUUUGAGUGCAAUCAACAUUCGCAAGUAUCCGUUGGUGGAAGGUGAAGAGCAAAAGUUUUAUAAACUGCACCGAUUGAUGAGCGAGGUUAUGUACAUGCUGCUUAUCACUCGGCCAAACUACGUUGCCCACCGACUGCCACAGUAUCUGCACGUGCUGCAAGCCCUGAUCGGAUCGAUUAUUUGUUACAAAGAGACCUUCCCUGCCACCCAGAGUUUGAACAGUUUCGAGGUGCUCUCGAUCUCGGAUCUGCUGUUGCCUAUUGAAAAAAUAAUGAACACUGCGGUGAAGAAGCUGGAAAAGGAUCUGCGCAUCCUUGCGCCGUACACACUGGCUCAAAUCCUGCACACGAUCAUCCAAAGCAAACGGCCAACGACUCUGCAGGAACGUAUCGCGCGGAAGGUGUACAACGUGUGCUUCGAGCUCAUCGCCGUCUACGAUUCACAUUCGCCGUCCUACCUGCUGCGCACUAUGGACGAAAGCAGUCGCCUACUGUACACCGAUGUCGUGAAGCAGUACAAAAAGUAUCGAUCGAUCAAGGGAAUGGCUUGAGGAUCGAAGCGAUCGCUGAGGUUCCUGAUGCACGUGAGUAAUCCACACCAUACUGCCUCCAUGUCGUAUCUGAAACGAUAUAAAACAAGUUCUGGAAGCACGA